GCUCCAGGGCUGGACCCAUGACAUCGCGCGGGGUGAAGCGUGCGGCUGCCUCAGCAUCACUGGGACAUUCACUGUCACAUGCAUGCGCCCUUGACCGCUGCACGUGUAUUGCUUUUGCACGUAUGACUGCCAUCAUCUAGAUUACAUCUCGUCCGCCUCGCCACGCAUCCUCACUCCCGUCUCAUCGCAACCCCACCACGUACUAUCACCACCCACCAUGUCCACGCUCAAGUUUGCGCCCUGGCUGAGUGAUGUCGACGUACAGUUCUAUGCCGCUCUAGCACACAUCAAAAUCAACCAUGACAAACUCGACGACUCCGCGCGCAAGGUGCUCGGGCUGUACGAAGUCCGUCCUGGGGAGCACUCGUCGCGAUCUAUGCGGGUCCAGAUACACCCGAAUGCGCUGACAUCAGACGAUACCCCUCCCACAUUCUGCCGCGCCGAAGGCAUCAUCAAGAACUGCAACACCAUAGAAGACUACAAGAGUCUUGAUCGCGCCGCCAUACUCGAACGAUGCGCCCAAACAAUAUGGGACGCUAUCCACGACGGCUCCAUAUACGAGUGCCCCUCCCUCCUCUCCUCUUUCACAGCCAUCAUCUUCGCCAACCUCAAGAAGUACAAGUUCACAUAUCACUUCGGCUUCCCCGCCAUACAGUCAGAUCCACCGUGGAAGCAGAUUGGCGAGGCAACAAGACUACACGCUAGAGAGACUACAUACCUGGUAGACGCGGUGCAGACCUGGCGAUACAGCUCAGAUGUUCGUCAAAGAGGCUUCUUCCUAGCCAAGCGCAUACAAGGAGGCGGUGAUCCAGAGGAGAGACCGAAAACGCCCGUCAACCCCCUGGAAGAAUUCGGAUAUAUAUGGGCUAUAGGCAGAUUGGAAGCCUACGAGAAGGGCUUCUUCGACAAGGUGGAUAGCAAAGACCGCUUCAUAUGUUUCGCGGACCCCUCCACAUACGAAACCAACCCAGGCUGGCCCCUUCGCAAUCUGCUCGUCCUGAUGCGAGAUCGGUGGCAUCUAAACGACGCUCAAAUCAUGUGUUAUCGCGACACCCACACACGGCGUGACCAGUCGAACUCUUUGAUCCUACAACUACGCUCAGACCCGAUACCCGAAGCAGCGGCCACCUCCGAAACACCAGACACUCGCCCACAGACACCCAAGUUACCCAAAGUAACGGGCUGGGAACGGACAGAAUCAGGUAAACUGACGUCGCGCAAUGUGGACCUCUCUGAAUACAUGGACGAGCGCAAACUGGCAGAUCAGGCUGUGGACCUCAACCUCAAGCUGAUCAAGUGGCGAAUAGCUCCUACCAUCGACUUGGACGUCAUCAAGAACUGCAAGUGUCUGUUGCUCGGAGCGGGAACAUUAGGCACCUAUGUCUCAAGAACGCUGAUGGGAUGGGGUGUAAGAAAGAUCACAUUCAUCGACAACGCCACAGUCAGCUUCUCCAACCCCGUACGACAGCCUCUCUUCAACUUCAACGACUGUUUACAAGGUGGCGCAAAGAAGGCUGAAAGAGCGGCAGAGGCUCUACAAGAGAUAUACCCAGGCGUCGACGCGACAGGACAUGUCAUGGAGGUACCGAUGCUGGGUCACCCAAUGACCGAUAGCGCGAAGACAAAAUCCGAGUUCGAGAAGCUACAGCAGCUCAUCAGCGAACACGACGCCAUCUUCCUGCUCAUGGACACACGAGAGAGCAGAUGGCUACCAACCGUCAUGGGCAAGGCCUACGGCAAGAUCGUCCUCAACGCAGCACUAGGCUUCGACACCUAUGUAGUCAUGCGCCACGGCCUGAAGACAUCACAAGAAGGAAGCGGAGAAGUAGAACUAGGAUGUUACUUCUGCAACGACGUGGUUGCGCCUGCAGAUUCCCUAAGCAACGCGACCCUCGACCAACAGUGCACCGUAACCCGCCCCGGCGUCGCCCCCCUCGCCUCCUCCCUCCUCGUCGAACUCCUCAUGUCUAUCCUGCAACACCCUUCCCAAGCCCGCGCCCCACCCCCUUCCGUCCAAACCAAAAACAACACCACACCCGCACCUGCACCCUCACACCCGGCCCUACCACCACCCUUCCAACACCCCCUCGGUACAAUCCCCCACACAAUACGAGGCUACCUAUCCACCUUCUCAAACCUCCAAGUCGAAGGUAAACCCUACGACUGCUGUUCAGCGUGUAGUGACAGAGUGCUUGAGGCGUAUAACAAGGAUCCGUGGGAGUUUGUAGCCAGGGCGCUGAAUGAGCGGGGUUGGGUCGAGGAGAUGAGUGGACUGAAGGAGGUGCAGAGGAAGGCGGAUGAGGCGGCGGCGGAUAUGGAUUUCGAGGAAGAGGAGGACGAGGGGGGUUUGGAUGAGGAGGGGGAGUUGCUGUGAUAGCGUGGGAUGAGAGCAUGGAUGGUUGGGAGGAAAGAGAAGAGGUGGAUUCAACAUCAGCGCUUUUCCUUUGUAGUAAAAUACCCUGUUAACAUGUAUAUGUAAUUCUCUAGUUGUGCAUAACUAAACAUGAACGAGCAAAUAUGUAACGUCCAUUGAUACGAGAAAAACUACAAAAUACCGGGCAUAUACCAUACCUAGU